AUGUCUGCAAAACCUCCAAUUGCGCCUCUCGUGGUUGUGCUAGGGUCUACGGGUACGGGCAAGUCAGAUUUGGCGGUUGAGCUUGCUACCCGGUUGAAUGGCGAAAUCAUCAAUGCUGAUGCUAUGCAACUAUACAACGGCCUAUCAAUCAUCACUAAUAAAAUUACAACUGAGGAGCAGCGUGGUAUUCCUCAUCAUCUUCUUGGCCAUAUAUCCUUGGAUGAGCAACCAUGGGACGUUGAUGACUUCAAGCGGGAAGCUACUCGCACGAUACGCGAGAUUCGUGACCGGGGUCGGCUACCGAUUCUUGUCGGCGGAUCGCAGUAUUAUGUCGAUCCGAUACUCUUCAAAGAGGUUAUUCUAGACGAUCUAGAACUGAAUACCACCGAAUCCUUUCCCAUUUUACAGGAAUCGGCUGAAGUUAUGCUUCAUGAGCUUCGAAAAGUCGAUGCUAUCAUGGCUGAGAGAUGGCACCCAAAAGACCGUCGCAAGAUCCAGCGAUCCCUGGAAAUUUACUUGAAGAGCGGCAAGCGAGCAUCUGACUAUUAUGCUGAACAGCAAGCGAGAAAAGAAGCUGCGCAACAAGAUGCCAACAAAGAACCUUGGGAGAACUUGUUAUUCUGGGUCUAUUCCCAGCGCGAGGUAUUAUGUGAACGUCUGGAUAAGCGAGUGGACAAGAUGCAGACGGGUGGACUCAUGGAUGAAGUGCGAGAGCUCUACGACUUUAAACACAAGAAAGAAGCAGAGGGGCAAAUUCUCGAUAUGACAAAGGGUAUAUGGCAGUCGAUUGGUUACAAGCAGUUUGAACCGUACCUGGCUGCCAUCGACGAAGGACAAGAUCCUGCCGCCAUUGAGAAAUUGAAGACUGCUGGACUUGAAAAGAUGAAGGCGGCCACAAGACAAUACGCCUCUUACCAAACCCGCUGGAUCAGACUCAAGCAGAUCCCACGAAUCCACGAAGUCGGCCCAGAAGCCAUGAAGAACAUGUAUCUGCUCGACAGCACCGAUGUUUCCGAGUACGGUAAAAACGUGGUUGAGCCUGCGGUAAAAUUGGCACAGCAGUUCCUUCGGGGAGAAGAUCGUCCACUACCGACUGAGAUAUCUGAACUUGCCCAAGAGGUUCUAACACAGGUUGGCAAACCACCUCCCAAGGCAACACCAUGCAAACGUACAUGCGAAGUUUGUCAUACGACAUUGAUGACUGAGGAGGCCUGGGCCGCUCAUUUGAAGAGUGCGACUCAUAGACGUGUUGUCCGCAAGAAGGCUAGGACAUCGCUUGUGCCGGUGGAACAAAGAAAAGAGAAACAAAAGACUGAGACGAAAGAAGAUGAGGCAGACUCUGGUCCAGAACUAGGGUCUAUGUUCUCAGAAUGA